AUGCAUCACAACUUCCUUAAGGUCCUUCCUAUCAAGGUGAUGACGUUACGUGACGAUGAGUCGGUGAUGGAUGUGGAAGGCGUCUCACUUGAUCGUGAGAUGAUUUACAAAGACCACAAUCAUCUCCAGAGGCCUUCGAAGUCAAAUCGGCGACAGAGCUUACUGAUUUGA